CGCUCAGACAGAGUGAACAACAGUCACAACAGUGAGGCGGAGCUGGGAAUGGAUCAGCUCCUGAAGCCUUAACUCAGAACCACCACACACUCGCCUACAAGAGCAGGAAAUCCCGCGACAGAUAAAGCCCAGGCGGAGCGUCGCGGGCGUCCUGAGGCCAACCACCUAUAUGAGGAGGACAGAGAGGUUUGUGACGGAUCAGUCCGGACUCGAUAUCAGGACGGGCAGCAGAGGAGCACAAAGCCGGUGGAGUGUCUCUGGAGCGGCGGAGAUCAGCCCAGCCCCCCACAUACAUACAUAUGCACACACACACACAGAACCGGCCUGCUGCUCCUAGCCUGUUGCUGCUGUGUAUGGGAUAUCUCAUAUCGCAAAUCCCUCGUAUCUCAGCGACACACACGUCUGUAAGUAGUUCCGAGUUGUUUUGUCUUUGUUUGGAGGCUGGCUGGUGUGUUUUGUAGCGGUUGGUGCACUAUAACGCUCUGCAGCUGGCUAAUCAGUUAGCUGUAGCAUAGCGUCGUGUGUAACGUUACAGCAGCCUCACGAGCACGAUGUAGUUUGAUUAUUAGACCUCCUUUUAUUAUUACAAGACAAAACAUGUUUGAUAAAAGGGCGCGUGACAUGAACCAACGAGUUUGGCGUAUUUGAACACCUCUGUAUGUUAACGCGGGGUCACUUACUCCGUGCGACAUAAUCUCGUUUAAUUCAGCGAGGGGCUGUUUAUGCUGCAAAACUGAAUACAGCACAUAAAAUGUGUGUUUUGUUGACUUCAUUCGGCUUAUGUUGAACCAAACUGUGAAUGUGCUGAGUAACUCGGCUUGUGUAUGAUCCUCUGGAUGUCCUCUGCCAUCACUGGAGUUAGUGGACAUUUGCAGGAGAACCGUUCGCGCAGGGGCUUUUAUUUGACUGGUUUUGGUGGAUAAAGUCAAGGGAGUUGCGAGGCGGCAGUUCCAGUCUGGAUCCCAUCGUUUGGCUGCUUGAGUGAGUCCCCGAUGCUGCGGGGCUGAGUGCUCCGGGACAUGCUGAAGUGUAUCCCGCUGUGGCGGUGUAACCGUCACGUUGAGUCCGUGGAUAAGCGGCACUGCUCGCUCACUGCGGUGCCCGAUGAGAUCUACCGCUACAACCGCAGUCUGGAGGAGCUGCUCCUGGACGCCAACCAGCUGAGAGAGCUGUCCAAGCCUUUCUUCAGAUUGCACAAUCUGCGAAAGCUGGGCCUCAGCGACAAUGAGAUUCAAAAAUUGCCGCCCGACGUUGCCAACUUCACACAGCUGGUGGAGCUAGACAUCUCUAGAAAUGAUAUUUCUGAGAUUCCCGAAAACAUAAAAUUCUGUCAGGCCUUGGAGAUUGCAGACUUCAGCGGAAACCCCUUGUCCAGGUUGCCUGAUGGCUUCACACAGCUCAGAGGACUGGCUCACCUAUCACUCAAUGACGUGUCACUGCAGUCUUUACCCAAUGACAUUGGAAACUUGUCAAACCUGGUGACUCUAGAGCUGAGGGAGAAUCUACUGAAAUCUUUACCCUCCUCUCUUUCCUUCCUGGUUAAACUGGAACAGCUGGAUCUGGGCAGCAAUGUACUGGAAGUUUUGCCUGACACACUUGGGGCACUGCCCAAUCUUCGUGAGCUUUGGUUGGACAGAAACCAGCUCUCCUCACUACCUCCGGAGCUGGGGAACCUGCGGCAGCUGGUUUGCUUGGACGUGUCAGAGAACCGUCUAUCAGAGCUUCCCACAGAGAUCAGUGGCCUUAUCGCCCUCACAGACCUGCUGCUCUCUGAGAACCUCCUGGAAGUCUUGCCGGACAGCAUUGCCGCAGUCCUGCAGAGUUCAGCUCCAACCCUCAUUCUGAAAGUGAACCAGAACCGCUUAGUGCAUCUCACAGACUCUAUUGGCGAGUGUGAGAACCUGACAGAGCUUAUGUUGACUGAGAACCUUCUCCAGUCCCUCCCUCGCUCACUUGGGAAGCUGAAGAAGUUGACUAACUUGAAUGUGGACCGAAACUGCUUGAGCAGCGUGCCAGCAGAACUGGGAGGAUGUGUCAGCCUGAACGUGCUCUCCCUCAGAGAUAACCGUUUGGGAAAACUACCCGCUGAGCUGGCCAAUGCAACAGAAUUACAUGUGCUGGACGUGGCAGGCAACAGGUUGCAGAAUUUACCGUUCGCAUUGGCCAAUCUGAACCUGAAGGCCAUGUGGCUGGCAGAGAACCAGUCUCAGCCCAUGCUUAAGUUCCAGACAGAGGACGACGAACAGACUGGGGAAAAAGUUCUCACCUGCUACCUGCUGCCUCAGCAACCCUCAUCGAGCCUUGAGAAUCUACUGGACAGGAGCGUUGAUGAAACCUGGCCCACAGACACUAAUUUGAACAGAGUAUCGGUCAUUCAGUUCCAGGAUGACUCCAAACACGAAGAGGAAGAUGAGGAGACUGCUGCAGAGAAGAGGCAGGGUCUUCAGAGGAGAGCCACACCACAUCCCAGUGAGUUGAAGGUAAUGAAGAAUGUCAUUGAAGCCAGAAGAAAUGAUGCUUAUACAGCCAAGCCAGAUGAGGAUCUGGAGUCCCCGGACUCUGAGCAGAAACGGUUGAGUGGGCUGUCCAAUCAAAGUCAUGGUUCUCAGGCAUCCAGUAGCACCGCCUCUGCCACUUCUCAGGAUGAGAAGCGGGGUGUAAACAGUACAGGGGUGGAGAUUAAUGAUGGUCAGGGUCAAGAAGAGGAGGAGCUGGAUGAGAUGGAGGUGGAGUAUACUGAGCCUACUGUGCACUUUGCUGAAGAGCCCAUCAUCCGUGGCGAUGAUGAGGAGGAAGAAGAUGAAAAUGAAGAAGAUGAAGACGCUGAAAGGAGUGAUGAGGACUCUCGAACGCCGCCUUUUCCUGCAGAGAAACAGCGGCUCAUACGUAAAGACACACCACACUACAAAAAGCACUUCAAAAUCACCAAGCUGCCCAAACCAGAGACUGUCGCCGCCCUGCUGCAAGGCUUCAGUCAUGACGGCCUCUCACCUACUGCUCACACCCCUGAGGAUGAGAGGGAUGGUGAGGAGGAGGAAGACGAGCAGGACGAGGGAGGAGUAAUAGUCAAUACCCCUUUUCAACAAAGACUAGAAGCAGCUGAGCUAGAAGACAGCAGGCUGAGUCAGAUGAACUCAUCCCUGCAGCCAGUGAAGGGGGUGUCAUUUGAUCAAGUCAAUAAUCUGCUGAUUGAGCCUGCUCGAAUUGAGGAGGAAGAGCUGACCCUGACUAUCCUGAGGCAGACCGGUGGGUUAGGCAUCAGCAUAGCAGGGGGGAAAGGAUCUACGCCCUUUAAGGGCGAUGAUGAGGGUAUUUUCAUCUCUAGAGUGUCAGAAGAGGGCCCUGCAGCUCGUGCUGGGGUCAAAGUGGGAGACAAACUUCUUGAGGUGAACGGAGUAGACCUGCACGGAGCGGAACAUCACACAGCUGUCGAGGCCCUGCGCAAUUCAGGGACGGCCGUGGUUAUGACCGCUCUGCGAGAACGCAUGGUUGAACCAGAGAACGCCAUCACCACCACUCCACUGAGACCAGAAGAUGAUUAUUUCCCCCGGGAGAGACGGUCCAGUGGGCUGCCUUUCCUCCUAGACCCUGCCUCUCCGGCUGUCAGCGCUGGACCGACACUGCGACUAGCCACUUCUCUGGUCCGCAACGAUAAAGGUUUAGGGUUCAGCAUUGCUGGAGGGAAAGGGUCAACCCCGUACCGAGUAGGAGACACGGGAAUCUUCAUCUCUCGUAUUGCUGAAGGAGGAGCUGCUCACAGAGACAAUAUCCUGCACGUGGGAGACAGGGUCAUAUCAAUCAAUGGUGUAGACAUGACAGAGGCCAGACAUGACCAGGCAGUAGCGCUGCUUACUGGCACCUCCCCCACCAUCACCCUCCUGGUCGAACGGGACCAGGCCAGUGCAGGGGGCGCCUCCCCUCGAACUCGACCGCAUUCGCCCCCUCCUCCAGAGCCGUCUGACUCACCUGAGCAAGAGGAAGGAGAUGAGCACCUUGGAAACCAUCUCAACUGCCCCAUGGAGGAUGAAUACCCCAUUGAGGAAGUGACACUGAUCAAAGCAGGUGGACCCCUGGGUCUGAGCAUUGUAGGGGGUAGCGAUCAUGCCAGCCACCCGUUUGGAAUUAAUGAGCCAGGAGUGUUCAUCUCAAAGGUCAUCCCCAAUGGCUUGGCCUCUCAGAGUGGACUUCGGGUGGGCGAUCGUAUCUUGGAGGUGAACACCAUCGACCUACGACAUGCCACACAUCAGGAAGCUGUCAGAGCCCUGCUCUCCAACAAGCAGGAGAUCCGCAUGCUUGUGCGCAGAGAUCCCUCGCCCCCUGGCAUGCAGGAGAUUGUCAUUCACAAGCAGCCUGGAGAAAAGCUGGGCAUCAGCAUCAGGGGUGGAGCUAAAGGCCAUGCAGGCAACCCCUUUGACCCCACAGAUGAGGGCAUCUUCAUUUCCAAGGUGAGCUCCAGCGGAGCUGCUGCACGAGAUGGCCGACUGCGACUAGGCAUGCGUAUUCUUGAGGUGGGCAACAACAGUCUGCUGGGUAUGACACACACGGAAGCAGUGAGGGUCUUGCGUGCUUCCGGUGACUCCCUGGUCAUGCUUGUGUGUGAUGGCUUUGACCCACGAAACGCUGCAGGCAUCGAGGCAUCGCCUGGUGUUAUUGCAAACCCGUUUGCGGCAGGUAUUGUUCGUAAGAACAGUAUGGAGAGCAUCUCAUCAGUAGACAGAGACCUGAGUCCGGAAGAGAUUGACAUCAUGCAGAAGGAGGUAGAGAUGGUGAGAGAGACGUCCCAGUGGGAACGGGAGGAGAUGGAAAAAGUGGAGCGUAUGCGCUUGGAGCGCGAGGAGGCAACUCGUUUGCUGGAGGAGGAAACUGAGAAUUUGAGCACUGGACCACUGAAACUGGACUACAAGACACUGGCGGCUCUACCUACCACUAGCCUACAGAAAGUGAAUAGAUCUUCACCGUCUGAGCCUCACGGGAUUGACAGUCCUGUCCGAGAUGCUGCUCACUCUCCACAGAACUCACAGUCAAACAUUCAUUUCCCUUCAAAUGCAAACACCAAGGAUAAUUCAUCAACUAAACCUGGUGCCAUCCAGCCUCUCUCUCGGGUGCGACCCGCUGUGUCUCCAGCCAGUCAGGAUGGCCACAGCAGUCCCAACCCUUUCCAGCAUGGCCUCUCUCCCAUCAACUCUCAGACCACUCCUAGUGCCCUAUCCCCUGACACACAUGAGGAAUACCCCAUCAAUAUCAAGCAGGUAUAUAAGGCCUUCGCAGCUGUGCCACACUCCCUGGCUGUACUGGAACCCCCACAGGAUCUUUACUCUCCGCAGAACUAUGUCAGCGCAAAGCAACCGUCACCAGAGCCUGAGCUGAAUAAUGAGGUGUUUAUGGAUGAGGCUGAUGGUGAGGGCAGUGGUCCUCUCAGGCCUCGUCCCCCCCUCUCAUCUGACCGCCGCGAGUACAGGAGCCUGGCAGCAGUGCCACACCUGCCUCGCCCCUCAGUGGAGCCGAAGACCCCCUCCUCUGUUGGCAGAGACAGCCCAGAGCAGCGCUCCUUCAGAGACAGGCAGAAAUAUUUUGAGAUUGAUGUGAAGCAGCAGACACCAGACAAACCCAAACCUCGCAUCUCACUUGUGGGAGAAGAUGACUUGAAGAAAAUGAAAGAGGAAGAAGCAAAACUAAUUGAACAGAGGGCACAAGAGUAUAUGCUGGAUGAAGAUGAGGAGGAUGAGGAGGAAGAUCUGGCGAAGCAGGUGGCAGAUAUGAAGGCUCACGGAAAGGUUGUCCUAGAUGGUGUGGAGUACAAGGUGGAGAGCUUGGGAGGCCACAGUUCCCCAUCUCCGAGGAAGUGUGCCACACCUCCCAGCCACUGUGGCGGCUCAGGUAAAGGAGACUCUCAGCGGAAUUCAAUGGAAGACAGCUUCAGACUGGAACAGAGACCCAACUCCAUGACGGGUUUGAUCCCAGUUUAUGCCGGUGAAUCUGUGGCUCCCAUUCGGACGGCCAAAGCAGAGCGUAGACAUCAAGACCGAUUACGCAUGCAGAGCCCGGAGCUUGCUGUCACCAUGGAUAAGGAGCUAUCCCCUGCUGAAAAACGAGCCCUGGAAGCAGAGAAGAGAGCCAUGUGGAGAGCAGCCAGGAUGAAGUCUCUAGAGCAGGAUGCGUUGAAGGCCCAGAUGGUCAUUGCCAAGUCUAAAGAGGGGAAGAAGCGUGGCACGUUGGAUCAGCUGUCAGAGUCGCCGUCCCCUGCGCCCACACCCUCUCCAACACCAAUAGAAGAUAUCAGUCCACGGGCAGUGACUUCACCAGGCAGACUGUCCCUGUCAGAAAAGAAGUUUGACUACCGACAAUUUGCUGCCAUUCCUUCUUCCAAACCUGUUUACGACAUUCAGUCUCCUGGUGCAGGUGAUGACGUGCACUUCAUGGAUGAUGCCUCCAGUAACCCAGUGUCUGUUGUAGAUCCAGAAGUUCCUGUGGCCACCACAUCUGCUCUAGAGGAGAUGGCUCUCUACAGUAACAAGCGCAAACUACGACAGGGCCGCCACAGCCUGGAGGCUCCAGUGCCCACAUAACCGUACACUCACACACUAAUGCAUCUGAACUGUGAAGAUAAAACACACAUAGUGAUCAUCUAAUGCUAGGAGAUGCCACACGUGGCUUAGAAUGCUCUGAAAUACACAGUGUACACAGAUACUAAACCACUCUUAUUUCAGUGCCGACAACACAGGUUAGGAGGUGAGUCUCCCAAACGCUAGUUUUGCUUUUUCAGUUGAAAGGGGUUGCUCAGAUUUUACUAUGAGAAGUCCAGAUGAUGGCUGAUUGAUUGACCCAUUUUACCCAGUUUUCUGUCUGUCAGAAGAGUUAUUUUAAGA